AGAGAGAAGAUAUCUCCACAUCCUGAAUAUGGAGGAAUUUCUCCUCUGGAGUCUGAAAUAUAAAAGGAGAAACAUGGGAAGACUUGGGACAGAGCUGAGAAGAUCAUCAGAGAGACACAAGACAACCGGGCAGGUUGAUAGGAAGAGAAGAAAGUCACCAGAUCGGCCCCAAUCCUCCAGCCAUGGACAUCAGACUGGUGGUGUUCAGUAUUCUACUUGUGGCAGUGACCGGACAUCCACACCGGAGACGCUGCCCGAUGUCCAGAUACAAAUCAGUAUCUUCCACUGACAUCACGGGGAUCAGACAACUGCAGAAUGAACAUGAGAAGAACAUGUCCACCAGUGCCAUCAAAUGCUACAGAAGAAUGAUGAGACACAAGCCGUCUGUAUGUGACCUAAAGCCCAGUGACCGUCUGAUUCUGACCUUGGAGCGAGUUACAGUAACUACAGAAGUUCUGGCAAAUCUUUCCACGUCUGAUGUGCCGGACCCUGUAUCACAGUCAUACAUGAUGUUCCUCAGAAUCAGAGAUGAUCUUCUGAUCUGUAGAGAAUUAUCAGGACACAGUAAAACCCCAUCUGAGGAGCUGAAGCCAUGGCUGCACCAUCUCCAGCACUUUGUGGAAGAGGCCUCUGCACAAUGUCUCCAGGACGCUGUGUUACUCGGUCUCAUCCAGUUACUGGUGGAAGAUGUCGGGUGUUGGGCUCAUGGGAAGUAACUGCAAAGACGCUUCACAGAAGAUCCUCAAGUCUACUGGAAGCUUUUCAUGGUGGAGAACAUCAGCAGAUCAAUCUACAUAGAAGAGACUCUAUAGACACCGAUCUACAUAUCUUAUUAUUAUUAUUAUUUUUAUUUAUAUAUUUGUUUCUCCUUGCUUUUGGAAGGGAAGGGGGGAAGGAGGGGUUUAUGAGGUAUGUGAAGAUAUGGUAAUUGAUGUGAAAGUUGUGGUUUCCCUUAAUUGAACAACAGCUAAAAUGUAGAAGAGUGGAGGUAAACAGGGUAGGAUAGUUUAAGAGAUGAAUAGGAGGUUGAGUAACAAGAGGAAAAGAGAAGGCAAAAUUGAGUUGGUAAUUUUACAUUAUUUUUUUUCCCUCUCGCCUUCUCUCCCUCUCUGGUUGCCACCCUCUGCCUUUGUUUAAAGGGAUACUCCGCUACUCAGCCUUUGGAACAAACUGUUCCAAACGCUAAAGCCGGCGCCGGGAGCUCGUGAUGUCAUAGCCCCGACCUCUCAUGAUGUCACAUCCCGCCCCCUCAAUGCAAGUCUAUGGGAGGGGGCGUGAUCCUUUGGAUAGGGAAUAAGAUGUCUAGGGACGGAGUACCCCUUUAACUUAUCAAUUGUCAAUGAGGAGGAAUAGGAGUCGUGAUGGGAGGGGGGGUUAAAAAACUGUAAAGUAAUUUUGUCUUUUUUUAUUGUAAAUGUAUUUAAUGAGAACAAAUAAGGAUAAUAUUUAUUUAUUUUUAUUGUAUAAU